UACACGAAAAUGGAGGAGGAAGAGCUGGAAAAACAGAUUGAUUACUUUCACCCUAUUCGCACGAAUACAAUGGGCAUACCACAAGAGCAUGACCUGUUAAUGGCAUAUGAUGUAUAUCGACCCGCAUUAGAAACUCGUAAAUUGAGAUCAGAGCAGAAUCGUAGUUUAUACGCAGAGAUUUUCAUCGAGAACAUCAAGUUAGGUCCAUUGAGAGAUCUUUGUACACGCGUCUUAGCUUCAACAUUCACACCGGAGCAAAUGACGUUCAUGGCCGAAGAUCCAUUGAAACUACGUUUGUACUAUGAUGCACUGAGUUUGGAUCUACCAUUGGAUGAAUGUUACCACAUCACGGACGAGAAAUAUUGGCGUCGUUUUGUAUUGGCCAAGAAUAAGGACGGUACUUUAGCUUUUAAGAAGGAGCAUGAAUAUGAUUGGCGUAGUCUUGGAUUGUCAAUGAAAUUUGUAGAGUUAGUUGAAGCUUGUCCAGUCGAAUAUUGGCCCGAUGAUGAAAUGCGACCCAUAGCUAUGAAAAUCAAAGAUUAUAUUAGUGAAAUGCAUAUACGGAAGCUGCAAUCGAUGUCGGAGCGUUACUUCAGAGAUCGUAUACAUUUAGACGAAUCUGAUGAAACAGAGAGCGAUUCCACGGAUGUUGAAUCGAUGACAGCAACGCCUAUCUCUACAGAGGCAUCAUUGGACAAUAUGGGCGAAGAGGAAGAGGAGGAAUUGGAGGAGGGAAAAAAUGCACAUAGCGCAGUCAAACAUAAUACAGAUUUCUCCGAAUCAUAUUUGAACUCAGAAAGAGUACAGAAAGCAAAUCAAGAAACUGAUGAUGAAGAAAAAGAUGCAUGGAAACGCUUCCAUCAGGAUAUAUUGGAUGAACGCAAAGAAAGAACUCGUGUACUAAGAGAAGCGCAACAAAAACGACGCGCAGAGCGGGAGGAAAUACGACGAAUUCGAGAGGCGCUGAAGGUUAAAACUCCACCGCCAGUUGAAGAAGAAACAGUGGAAAGAAAAUAUUUCUACCGGAAGAGUGUGUUCGAUAUAAGAGUUGAAGAGCCCGAAGAUGAUGGCCAAGCGCCUAUAAAUGAUCGGCGUGAUUUGGAACGCGUGCUGAAGACAAUCAAACUGCUUGAAUAUCCAAUGAGGCUUUGUCAUCACGUCAGCUUGCGAUUUUUGCGCUUUUUCGAUAACUUGGUCAACUUCACCAUCGAGUUCCGUGGUCCGGAUAUGCAACGUGAUUUUCAUGAGAGACAUUUAAAUUUAUCAUACCAGGAUAUAAGGGGUUUGGCAUUCGGUAUAUCGUUUCUGAAAAAAUUAAAGAUUUUCCGUUUGCGCUCUAGCAAAAUGGAUGCGACAAAGUUAUAUAUCCUAGCCAAGUCACUUAAAUGUUUGGAAAGUAUUGAAAUAAUAGAUUUCGGUUACGAUCACUUGGAGGACGAUUGUGGGCUUGGCUUGUUUGAACUGUUUCGUCAUAACAACUCCAUAAAAUCACUGGAGCUUGAGCAUAAUUUGAUUGGAGCGCGUGCUAUGCAUUUCUUGGCAAUCGGAUCAGUCGUUUUGGCGGAACUGGAAUAUCUCGGUUUGGCAGGUAAUCCGCUGGGUGACCAAGGCCUACAUGAGCUAAGCACCAAACUUCUUGGCACGCACCAAAUCACUCAUUUGUGCUUGCGAACUGCACAGAUAACUGAAUCGGCGAUAAUAUGUUGCAUUGCCAAUGAAUUUCUAAAACACUUGCCGCUUCAACAUCUGGAUGUGCGCACCGUGCCAAUUAGUCGAGAGGCAGGCAUCGAAAUCCUAAGGGUUCUGCGACUCAAUCAAACUAUAAAGCACUUUGAUGUACGUGAUUGUGGUUUGGAUGUUGAUCUUGAAUUGGAUAUAGAUAUAAUUGUGAAGCGAAAUCGAUACAUCGCGGAAAAUCCAUAUUUGAAUGACCCAACGAAGUCUACGGAUGAGAUCGAUGAAUAUGUAAACCGAAUCAAAAAUCCAAUAUUACUACGCGCUUUAGAUGCUGUAAAAAAUCAUGCUGAAUGUUUGAAAAAUCGUCCACCUGAAUUCCAGCCAACAACCGCUCGGUUACAACUAGAUGGCGAACAACCGGAAGAGGAAACUAAAAGUAUCAAAUCUUUGGAUAAGAUAAUAAGAAAGACGCAAUCGAAGCUGGAGCUAGAAGACGUCUCCGCUUCCUCGACCACAAAUAGUGAGAUUUUGGGGCGUAAACCAUUCGUUUAUGAUCCGAACACUUUUACAAUGGAAGAAUUUCACGAACAUGUCUUUCUGCCAGGGCCUGGUGAACGUUAUUACUAUUUUAACGCGUCACAAAAGCAGUAAUUAAGUGCAUCA